GUAACCUAGUGGUAGGAGAGGCGAGUGCAUGUAGCCUAGUGGUAAGAGAGGCGAGCGCAUGUAGCCUAGUGGUAGGAGAUGCGAGCCAGCAGCAGGAGGGUUACGUGUUCUAAUCCCGGGUCAGACAGGAAAAGUCGGGAAGUGAGCAGGCUACCAAAGGGUUGCUGGUAUCAAAUCCUAGCUUCCAUUGCUUGCUUUUGUGCCCUUGAACAAGGCACUUAACCCCCCCACUACAACAGCUCCCUGGGCACCCAGUCUGGCAGCCCCCGCACCUCUCCUCCAAAAAAACGGUAUAUGUGUGUGUCUUUCAGAGGGGUUGGGUUAAUAGCGGAAGUCAAAUUUUGGUUGGACCUUGUGUGCAAUCGACCAAUAAAGUGAUCUUAGUUACAAUGCAAUUUAGAUGGUUUUUUUUAAUUGAUUUGGAAUUCAAAUUAUAUCUAACGUUUUUACGGAGUGCUCAAUGUUUUGUAUUUAAUCUUGGGUAUUUGCCAUUGUUGUAGUUGUAGUUAUAUCCGUUAGGUGUCGCUGUUGUCCUGUUUUAUUAUAGGGAUCUGAGUUUUAUUAUAAGGGCCGUUAAUGACAAUUCUAAUCACUCCUAGUUGGUCAUUUACACCCCUGUUUACUAUACUAUUCACAGUUGAUGUUCAAAAAAUGACAAAUUAAUUGAAAUUGAGAUUGCAAAAAUCAAAUUGACAUCUCAAUUGCUUUGCUAUAUGGCUCAUGACAGAAAUGACAUGACACCAAAUUAUGAAUCAUCUCCGUAAUUCCAUUUGAUGAAUCAUCUAAACAAUCACAGAUCUGCCUUUGUGUUUAUAGCCGUAAGUGAAACUGUUAGUUUUGCAUAAUAUAAACACUGACCCGGACUGGGGCAAAGCUAGAGCGCGUCACCGGCAGGUAGGUGGGGUUUAACGGGGCUGAUUAUUUACACUACUUUUUGCAGCAGCAAAGCUCUCCGGGAUGGCAUAAGAGAGUGGCUAUUACUACGGGAGGAGAAAACCUACCGAAUGAAAGACAGAUAGCGUCGUCCCCUCGGCGAUGGCACGACUAGAGUUGUUUUUGUUCACGUCUCUAGCUCGCAUUUCGUCUGGGAAUUCUGCUUCCUUUAUUGGCUAUUCCUGAUCCGUACUCCAACCGACACCUCCAAUUAUGGAUUGUACUGAAGUUCCACCUUUUGUAUUUUUGCGUCAAGACAAUCGGGCGAAAUAAGAGGAACCGAUCAAGGACUGCUGUGGGCUAUUAUCCAUUCAGGACUGUUCUCCAUGUAUAGACAAGACUCGUUGAGAAUAGCAAGUGUGAACGGAUUUUGGUAGGCUAUUUUGUUUUAAUCCUCGGGUGCAAUAUUCGGGAUAUUCCAUUGGUUUAUGCGUAAAGGACAUGGGCACAAUGUGUUUUAGCUACCUGUGGUUAGAAUAGAUGCCUUCGUGUUGUCAAGUUUUGCUAUUAACGGUCUGAAAUGAUAUAACUGCAGGUUAGGUGAUUGCUUUGCUCUUUUAGGAAUAGUGCGCUGCUGUAGUUAAGCCCUUUUUUAUCAGCUGAUCACCUUUAGGGUUUCAGAAAUACCCUUUUGUUCAUUUUGACAACAUAAAACUCAUUUUUUUAAAUUCAAAUGUAUUUCAUAUGAACGCAAGUAACCUAUUCUGAGCUGCUGUGUCCAGUUGUAGGCUAUAACUUGGAAACAAAUCUCCCCACCUCACUAGCAAGGUGACAGUAGGAGUAGGGUUGCAGAGUUCUCUGUAACAGAACGACCAUAGCCAUGGCUCUGCCCGAUAACACCCCCAGCAUUCCUUUAGGGGAAGCAGUCAUCUUCCCUGAGAUAGUAGAGCUGAACGUGGGCGGCCAGGUGUACAUCACUCGCUACUCAACCCUCGUCAGCGUACCAGACUCUCUCCUGUGGGAGAUGUUUAGCAGGAAAACCACCAAAGGGCUGGCGAGAGACACCAAGGGCCGUUUCUUCCUGGACAGGGAUGGUUUCCUGUUCCGGUAUAUUCUGGACUACAUGAGAGAUCAGCAGCUGGUGCUCCCUGACCACUUCCCAGAGCGGGGUCGCCUGCAGCGGGAGGCUGAGUUCUUCAACCUACCUGAGCUCAUAAAGAUCCUGGCGCCCAAACUCAGCAAGCAGAACUCGCUGGGCGACGAGGGGUGUCAGAGCGACCCGGAGGACUCCUCGCCGGGCAUCGACACCGGGCGCAACCUGGCCUCGCUGGGCACUGCCGCCUGCGCCAGUCUGGUCCCCAGUGGAGACGGUAAACGCUCGGGAUUCAUCACCAUCGGUUAUCGCGGCUCCUAUACAUUGGGGCGCGACAGUCAGUCCGACGCCAAGUUCAGACGUGUUGCUCGUAUUAUGGUCUGUGGCAAGACGUCGCUGGCUAAAGAGGUGUUUGGGGAGACGCUGAACGAGAGCCGUGACCCGGACCGGCCCCCAGAGCGCUACACGUCACGCUACUACCUCAAAUUCACCUUCCUGGAGCAGGCCUUUGACAAGCUGGCAGACGCCGGGUUUCACAUGGUGGCCUGUAACUCCACGGGGACCUGCGCCUUCGCUCACGAGCAGACGGACGACAAGAUCUGGACCAGCUACACUGAAUACGUGUUCUACCGUGAGUGAGGUCAUCAUCAGCCCUGGUCCCCGGUCCACCUAGUGGUCCCCAGCAUCUAGCCUCCUCUCCCCUCGUCUCCCUGUAUCCAGCCCUGGGUCCCCUCGUCUCCCUGUAUCCAGCCCUGGGCCCCCUCGUCUCCCUGGAUCCCCUCACCUCCCUGUAUCCAGCCCUGGAUCCCCUCGUCUCCCUGUAUCCAGCCCUGGAUCCCCUCGUCUCCCUGUAUCCAGCCAUGGGUCCCCUCGUCUCCCUGUAUCCGGCCCUGGAUCCCCUCGUCUCCCUGUAUCCAGUCCUGGAUCCCCUUGUCUCCCUGUAUCCAGCCCUGGGCCCCCUUGCAUCCCUGGAUCCAUCAAUUAUUCCCUUGCCUCCUGGACCCCUGCCCCCAGCCCCUGCCCCCUGGCUCUUUGGCCCCCUUAAUGCUCCCUAGCCCCCAGCCCUGGAUUCCUGCUUCAAGCACCCCUGGCCCCAAUCUCCAUGGGCCCUGCCUCCAACCAGCCGUCCCCUCUCUCCAUAUUUCUCUCUCACCCAUCAGCUGUAAUCCUUACCACCUCUGCGGUCCCCUCUCCUGAUCCAGCUAUAACCCAACCAUUGCCCCAGCACCAAGCCUCAGAGACCUGACCACAGCCCCCCUAACCAUCCUACAGAGACUGCUCCCCCCUCCCCACCCUCCGUGUACUGUCCUUCCUCUUGUAUAUAGUAUCUGCCUUGGUGAAGCACAAUGCUGUGUGUAAAAGAGCUUGUUUAGUCCAGUUCAGGUCCUGCCUGGUCUGUACCUUUAGCAGGCUGGAGGGGCCAAUCGGAAAAGGGCCUAGAUUGAAGUACUAUUUUGUUCUGAAUCUCUCCAACAGACCCUCCUACUCCUCUGAACUAAAAUGGCCAAAUAAUGUGACAUCUAAGCAGCCUAGAGGAAUGAGAGAGAGAGAGUGGCCAGCCGGGCACAAACAAGAGCAAAGUGUCACACAAAACGAAAGUCUUUCAUUUCCUUCUUCCCCUCUUCUUAUUUUCCUUAUAUGUCUGAGACCAAACUGUUGGGAAAGGGGCUGUUCACUUUCACCAUUCAAAUGGGGUGGCAGGUUGCCUAGUGGUUAGAGUGUAGAGGCGGCAGGUUGCCUAGUGGUUAGACUGUAGAGGCGGCAGGUUGCCUAGUGGUUAGACUGUAGAGGCGGCAGGUUGCCUAGUGGUUAGACUGUA